UCAGUCCUACGACAGGAACGACCAGUCCUAUGACAGUAACCUCCACAACUAUGACAGAAUCCACCAGUCCUACGACAGAAACCACCAGUCCUACGACAGAAACCACCAGUCCUACGGCAGUAACCACCAGUCCUACGACAGUAACCUGCACAACUAUGACAGAAUCCACCAGUCCUACGACAGUAACCUCCACAACUAUGACAGAAACCACCAGUCCUACGACAGAAACCACCAGUCCUACGACAGAAUCCACCAGUCCUACGACAGUAACCACCAGCCGUGCGACAGUAACCUCCACAACUAUGACAGAAUCCACCAGUCCUACGACAGAAACCACCAGUCCUACGACAGAAACAACUAUUCCUACGACAGUAACCAACAGUCCUACGACAGCAACCACCAGUCCUACGACAGAAACCACCAGUCGUAAGGAACCUACCACCAGUCCUACGACAGAAACCACCAGUCCUACGACAGCAACCACUAGUCCUACGACAGUAACCACCAGUCCUACGACAGAAAUCACCAGUCCUACGACAGCAACCACCAGUCCUACAACGGUGACCACCGCAAAUCCGUUAGAAUGUAGAGUUGUAAACAUCACGAACGGACCUCAUAUAGAAAAUAACACGAUGGGCGCGAACGUUAUUGUAAAAUGUAACUACGGGUAUAAACCGACCGAGAAUCAGACAAUCACCUGCCAGAAAAAUGGAACGUGGUCAGGGCACACAGCAUGUGAAUCUAUCGAUUGCCGAACACCAUCCCCUAUCGUCUUCGGUAACAUGAAGAUCAACUCAGCAUACUUAAACGGAACGACUGAGAUCACAUGCUUCCCAGGUUUCAAUAUAACUGGUGGUAAAACCAUUACGUGUCAAGAAAACGGAAACUGGACUUAUCCACCCAUGUGAGAGAUGAUAAAUUGUUCAGUACCCGUUCUUGUAAACGGAAGUGUGAACAUCAACAAUCCAGUUCCUGCGAAUUCAACAGUAGCGUUCACUUGCAAACCAGGAUUUGCCAUGGAAGGGAAUUCAACAGCUUUAUGUAACACCACAGGGCGAUUUGACAGUUUCCCGACAUUCGCUCUUAUAAGUGUGCCGUAUAAGGGCCAGUGCAAUGUGACUAUUCAAUGUCUGACGUUAAAUGCGGAUUGCCUCAACAACCAUUGUGAGUGCCCACAAUUACAUGACUUUUAUUUGAAUGGAAAUGACUCUUGUCAGACUAAACCUGCGCUUGGGAUCAACUUUGACUUGAACGUUAUUAAUGAAAGAAAUGAUUCAGUUGAAAUAAAUGCUUCUCUAUCCGUCCAAAACUCGUCCGAUGGCGUCCAAUUCUAUGCGAAACUCAUUGAUGACCCAAACAACCGGACUGAUUAUUUCAAAAUUACAAACGGUUCUUCAACCAUUCGCUUUCGUGAUCUGAUGCCGGCUCAGCGCUACAACAUCGUCGUGUCUCUUUCAAAAAAUGGAGUUCCUAGUAAUGAAAGCGAAACAGUCGCUGUUGUCACAGCGCCCAAUUGCGAGCAUGCAUGGAAUAUAAAAAGUGUGACAGAAACAACGUUCAGAUUUUAUCAAAACUCGACAUUUGAUAGUUUUGAGUUUACCGCCAUAGAGGUGCCUACUUAAGCCACAUUCACAGUCAAUGGACAUAUUUGUUACCAGGCACAGACUUGUGCGUUCCCUAAGAAUGUUUCAGAGUUAGAAGUUAGUGAUCUUGUCUCGGGAUCACAAUGUGGAUUUUCAUCUAAAACGGCAAUGGGAAAAUGUCAAAUACACGUUAUGCAGUUAGCAGUACUGCUUGUCAGACGUUCACCGGAUAUACAGUGCCCGAACUUCCGGACAUUGACAUACCGAAUGACACUAUAACUGCGUCAAGUUUUAUGGUCCAGUUUGCAACAAAUUCAACAAAAAAGUUCUUUGAAUGGCGUGUAGACGUG